AUGGGCUUCAGUUGCUUGACGGCUUUCUUUAUUUCCUUUUUCUUGGCUGGGCUGGUUUCUGCCAAUUGGGAUCCCUCAACAGGCUAUCUUCAUAACUACCGGCCAUCGCCGGCUUGGCUGAACAAAUUCAAACCUUCGGAGUCCUCUCCCCAUGUACAAGUCUCUGAAUGUUCGAUCAAUACUCGCCUUCAUUAUCCAAAAGUCCAAGUCUUUGCUUGGUUUGAAGUCAAUCACGUCUGGGACGGUAAUCAUGGCUGUCCUUAUGGUACUUGUCACGCCUAUGUCGUGCACCCCGCGGCUGCUGAUAUGGUACCCAGUUUUACGGAGGGCCAUUCGUUCUUCUGGCAUAAGACAGGAGGACUGCCAGGAAAUGGAGUCAAGCCUAUCUCCAAUCCUAGACAUGGAGGAUUCGGUUACGAGGUGAGCUUGACCGGCAAAUUUAUCGACGGCCCUGCGAACACCCAAUCUCAGCAGCUUGACCAUGAUGGCAAGUACCCUGGCUUCAACAAGAAAAAGCUUCAAUUGUGGUCUCAAGCGGAAAUGAAUGCUUUCAAAGGAACCGAUCAAUCUCAAAAGCAUCCAAAAUGCGGUACUCCUUGCGGGCCAAAUAAAGAUCCAGGCUCGGCCCCUGGUGCGUACGGUGGAUACAAACCUGCAUCGGCAAGCACCUACAAACCACCCAAAGGAUGGAAACCCAAUAAAGGAGAUACAUGUUUCAAAAACGGACCUGAUCUCUUACCAAAGCCAGACCCAUCGAAGCCAGGAAAAGGCUCUGGUAACCUCAACAAGCCGAAAGACGAGGAUUCGACUACUGAUCCAAAACACAAAAAUGCCGAUAAUUCAACUACCAAGCCAAAGAACCAACAGCAAGAUAGUUCAACAACUGAUCCCAGCAACAAAAAGGACGGAAGCUCCACUAAAACUACCAAGUCAUCCUCUAAUCCAACGCAUCGUAAAAAGUCACUACGCAAGAAAUGUACCUAACUUGAUACUCCU